AGGUCGUGGGCAUGCGCAUGCGCAUGUGGCCGUUAACAAGUCAGCAACAGCUAUCAUAUCAGAGACGCGUCAAGAACGUGUGACCUUGACGAUACCUCGAUAGGCUAAUAAGAUAUAAAAGUUGCGAAUCCGUGACGUUCGUUGCAUUCUCUCUCUGAGAUCUCACCGGUUGGUAUCAACUGCAGUGUCUUCAAGUUGUCCACUUCAUUAUGCCUGUCAAUAAGGUGUUGAAUUUAGACCUUGCUUGGAUCAAUAGUAUUCAAGUAAAUGAUGCUGAAAUCAAAUCUAAAGUUGCCACGGCCAAGUUUGUGGAUCCAAAGUUAGUGAGUGAGAAUGUAACUCCAGCUGCCAUAAAAAAUGUUGUUGGAGUUAUAGAUUUGUCAUCUCUGGUUGGCACUGAGACACCUGACAGUAUUGCUGAACUGUGCAAGAAAGCCACCUCUCCAAUGUCGGAAGCUGAUGGUGCAAUCAAAGUGGCCAAAGAUCCCUCACUUCAUUGUGCCGCAGUGUGUGUGUACCCAGCUCGCAUUGAAGAUGCCAUAAAAAGUCUGAAGUCCUUAGGUGCUGACAAAUCUGUUCUGGUAGCUGCAGUGGCAGCAGGAUUUCCAUCAGGUGCAUAUCCUCUCCAGACGCGGUUGGCAGAGGUGAGCUAUGCAGUGUCAGCCGGUGCUCAGGAGAUCGAUGUGGUCAUCGACCGUAGCCUGGUGCUAAGAGGACUGUGGCAACAGCUGUAUGAGGAACUGGUACAGAUUCGCAAGGCCUGUGGUGAGACUACCCUCAAGGUCAUCCUAUCUGUAACCGAAUGUGCCAACUUCACUAACAUCUACAAGGCUUCUGCUGUUGCAAUGUUGGCAGGAGCGGACUUCAUUAAAACUUCAACUGGCAAGGAAGCUGUAACAAUGUCCUUGAACGAAGGCCUAGUGAUGUGUUAUGCUAUAAAGGACUUCUACAACCGUACUGGUAUUAAGGUUGGUCUGAAGCCUGCCGGAGGAGUACGUACUCCUGAAACUGCGAUCAACUGGUUGUUGAUGGUGAAGGGAGAGUUGGGACCCGAGUGGGCAGAUCCUAAACUGUUCAGGAUUGGAACCACUGUGCUCAAAGUGUAUGCCAACUAUUUGAACAAUGCCAAGUAGCUUUGAAACAACAAUGUUGAUAAUGUGUUGCUAGACAUUCCAAUACAUAUUGGACUCUGUUGUUCAGAUAUGUAUAAAUAUUAUACACAUGUUAUUUUUGUACUGGUUUUUUACCUGUUGGAUCUAGUUUUUAUAGUAAUUUUUAAAUUACAAACAAGAAUAUUUGAAGUGUUAUUAUAAUUGUAUUUGUAGAUUAUAAUAAUAUCUUUUAUACAAAACUCUAAAGUGUUCAUUGGACUGCCUUAUAUUGAUUGGUAGUGUUUACAAAUAAAUGUUAUGAGUAAAAAUA